AUGACCGGAUCCAACCAGACAGACCAGGAAGUUAAGUUCACUGACAGUUUGCAUGUUGAAUGGGCAAAGGGAAGGGCACAUAUGAUGAGGUGGAAAGAAGAGUUUUUAUUGGUUCAGGAAGAAAUGAGGCAUGUUAUUGAAUAUCUCAACUGGAGGGCAGCAUGGUGGUAUGAAUGGAGUUCCUUAAGAACUCAUGCUGAUGCUACAGUAUCGAGUGGGAUCUCUGGUUACACUAAUAAGCAAGCAGCUAUAUGUAGUUGGAUUGCUGAGCAGUGUGCCCAAUACUGGCUUCCACGUCUGGGAAGCAAAGGUAUCACUCCAUCAUGGGCUUCUCAUUUUCUGACUGUAUUGAACCUUCCUCUGGUUGUUCCACCAAGUUCAAAUGUAGAUAAUGAGGCUGAGGUAGACCUUGAAGUUGCUGAGGAGGAUGAGAUGUAUCUGGAUGAUGAUGGAGAUGAGGACUUUGACUCAGAUGACUAG